AUGAAAUCAGCAACAACAUCAGUACCGAACUUGUCGCGAGCGACGUCAGGUACAAUUAAUAAGCCACGUACAAAGUCAAGAAAUGGAUGUAUCACAUGUAAGAAGAAAAGACUCAAGUGUGAUGAAACGAAGCCUUCUUGUGUGAAUUGCAGCAAGAAGAAUAUAGUAUGUGGCGGGUAUGCGACCAACUUCAAAUGGAAACUGUUUAAUGAAUCAAAAGCUUCUAGCGGUGAUCAAGUCUUGAAAGGACAUCUACAACUUGCAAGCUAUUCUGUCACUGGGAAGAGCAUUGAGCAGAUUACGAGAGAGAAUGAUUUGAUCUCCAAAGGGUUGAAUCCAACUGUGCUUGAGGGGAGACGAAGAUUUAGUGCAACGGUACCAACCAACAGUCCAACACAAGAAACGCCACUCACUAUAAGAUCUUACAGUGACACGUAUCCCUUUAAAGAUGUACAAAGGUUGAGAGCUAUUACCCAAACAGAACAAGUGAGUGCCAAACUGCCAAUCAACGCUAUCGAUACUUCUACUCAGUCAAUUCUUUCACCCAGUUUUGAAAAUAUUUUGAACCCGCCUACACUUGUCAAGGAGAGGAAGGAUUUUAAUUUUGACAUUAGUCUAACCCCAUCCCUUUCAGCGAUAUUGAAUUUUGCAUUAAAUCUGGGAGAUAUUGAUGUUCCUUCGGUUGAAACAAUAAUGAGUCCACUUACAUUAAGCCGGACUCAUGAAUUGUCAUCAGGCUCUUCUCCCGUUUGUGAAAUCAACAAACCGUUGACGAAAACUGCAGAACAUGAUCAGAUCCUCCACUUGUACUCGGAAUACACGUCGGGAAUCAUGUCAAUCAAAAACGGGAUGCACGAAAACCCCUGGAGAAAUUUGCUCGUCCCACUAGCGUCUAGGUAUGGCUGUCUUUUCAACUCAAUAGCAGCAAUGACUCUUUUUCAUUUAGCUGGUUCACAUGGUAUCGUUGCAUCAACGAAAGAGUUGCGAUCAAAAGCGCAAACUUACAUGAAGAGAUGCAUUUUGGAACUUGCAAGUGGAUUGUCCAAGAUGGAAAAUGGAGCUGAAGUCGAUUUUCCCGCUGAUAUAGCAUUAGCGACUUGUUUGAAUUUGGCAGUAUGUGAAUCAUGGGAUGUUCUGACAUCAAGUGGUAUUGCUCACUUGAAAGGAGCAAAGACUAUGAUCAACAAAAUUUUGUCAUUAUUGAGGGAACAUCAGGAGUCGGUCCGUAGCAAUGUGUUGACACAAGAUAGAUCUGAAGUUUCUCAUGAAAGCUACUUGCAACUAAAAAGUAAGCUAGUUUUAAUUGAUCAAUUUGAGUAUGAAAAAAUGAUUCACGACUGCAAAACAAAGAGCACUACAUUGGUUAUACCCAAUCCGGUUCAAAUAUUAUUCAACACUUGGAUAUAUUUCCUGGUGAUUGCCCAAAUGACCACGGAAACAAAUUACGACGAGAAAGGAGUGGACUUGGUGGCGACGAUAACAUCAAUGAUUCUGAACAAUAAGGUAAAAGAUGGACAAGAUUCCCCAUCUGCAUCUGAUCUCAGUGAAUCAUCGGAUAAAGGAUAUACAUUCUUUGAGGAGUUUGAUGCUUUCAAUUAUGACUCAGAGAUUGUCGAUCCGUUGUUGGGAUGUGGCCAGAACUUGUUCUGCAUCAUUGGAAAAGUGGCUGCUUUAGUUUCCAAAAUUCGAAAGACAAAGGCUAGUGAGAAGUGGAAAAAGAGAAAUUCGUUGAAUUCAAUCACACAAGCGUCUGAGUUGCGUCAUUUGCUUUUAGAGUGGAAGUCAACGAUCAAUGUGAAUAUGAUCAAGAAUGAAGAAGAAAACGGGUCCAAAACCUGGGAUUUACCAAGUUGUAUUGCUACAGCAGAAGCAUAUCGUUACGCGACGUUGCUUUUUCUUCACCAAGCUGUGCCCGAAAUUCCGUCAUUAUCAUCACAUGAACUUGCUGAAAAGAUUUUCAUCCUUUUAGCAUCAAUUUCGAAAUCAUCAAAUACAAGUGUAGUGCAUAUCUUCCCCCUCUUGGUUGCGUCAUGUGAGGCUGAGCCUGGUGAAGAAAGAGAGUGGUGCAAAGCACGAUGGAAGUUGUUGGUGGACAAGAUGUGGAUUGGUAAUGUUGAUCGUGCAUUUGAAGUGGUUGAAGAAGUGUGGAGAAGAAAGGAUAAAUUGCCAAUUAGUGACAACAAGGGAGACAGUUCCAGCAUUGAAACCACUUUGCUGGGUAAUUAUCAUAAUCCACUUAAUGGUUUGAUGUCAGUGGUAAAUAAUGAAAAUGCUACAUUGAAUAGCUCUGAGUUGAAUGGGAUUGAGUCGAAAGUCCAUUGGAGUAAUAUCAUGAAAGAAUGGGGAUGGGAAGUACUCUUGGGCUAG